CAUCCGGGAGCCGUGAAAACUCGAACACUUCUUAAAGUGUCCCCACAAGCCCUCCCAAACCAUUUGACAGCUCAUACUCUAGCCGGACCCAGCAGGAUCUCAGUAUCCCCCUGCGUCAUGACGGAUAAUGAGCUUGGAUGUCUGCUGGCGUACUACCAUCUCGGAGCCGACUUGUCUGGUCACUGAGGAUUGGUUCAUGGAGGGUUCUCGGCCGAACUGCUGGAUGAAUGCAUGGGACUGGCGUGUUCCCCUCUUCUACCAGAGAAGGUCGCCGUGACGGCACAUAUUGAGCUGGACUACAGGAAUCCAAUCAAAGCCAACAGUGUCAUUCUCGUCCGCGCAGAGACAGAGCGUAUUGAGGGACGAAAGGCGUGGGUCAAAGGGUCUGUCGAAGCGGUGGGUGAGAACAAUGGACAAGUCCUGGUUGAAUCGAGAGCCCUUUUUGUACAGCCCAGA